AUGGGGAAGAGAGCACACUCUGGCGGCGGGCAGGCGAAGCGAUUCAAGACAGGCGUUCUGGUGGAGCCGGGACAGGUCGGCAUCUACGCGUCGUGCAACCGCCACAAGGAGGGCGCCGGUGCCAAGGAGCUGAAACAGCUGCUUAAUGAUCGAUGGAGAGAGUAUUUCCCGGUGGAUCAGCAAGAAGCCACCGACUCGGCCGACGAGGACCACAAGGAAGAGUCCAUCGAGGACUCCAUCAAGCGCGAGCUGGCAGAGCUCAACAAAACCAACCAGGACGCCAAGAUGAAGGAGUUUGUCAAGGAAAUGAAUAUCAACUGCGACUCGCUGAUCUUCAUCAAGACCAGAAAGCCAAUUGUGCCGUCCUUGUUUGUGGCGCGUGUGUGCGACGAGCUCUACGAGUCAAAGGCAAAGAACACGCGGUUUCUGCAGAAACUGACUCCGAUCGACUACUCGUGCAACGCUACAGAGACGGAGUUUGUCAAGAUGGCCGAGAAAGCGUUUGCGGGCCAUUUCGACAACGGCGAGUCGUACUCGAUCAACCUGAUCAAACGCAACUUCAGCAUCAUUGACCGCGAAAAGUUCAACGAACUCAUUGCACAGCAGCUUCCAGACCAUCGUCUCAACUAUAGAACCCCGGACAAAAUGAUCAACAUUUUCUGUUUCAAGAACAACAUCGGCAUCAGCGUGGUGGACUUUGCCUCCUACAACUCACGCAGCAAGUACAAUCUCCAGCAGCUGUUUGACAAGGCGAACGGUCUUGAUCAAGACACCCCUGCACCAGAUAAAUAG